ACUAUGAAACAUGACAGAAUUUUAAGCCUCGUGGUUCUUUUGAAAUAAUUUUGCUCCACUGUGGCUUUGUUGAAUCUAGGAUUUGGUUAGGUACCAGUUCUUGGAUGUUAUCUGGUUGACUAAGAAGAUGAUGGGUAGUUUCAAGGACUUGAAUGUGUUCUGUAAUUAGGUGGAUUUCUCACCUAAUGAGGGCUGCUUCUCUGAUCUCUAUGUUGUCAUCUGGUUUGUAUACCAUGAGGAGUUUAUGUUUGCAGCAUCGCCCCUUUAUCAUCCUUAAAAUUGUACUGACUACACUUUCCUCCGAUUCCAACUGCCCGAACGUUCUACAUUGGGAUGCUGUUUGCAGAUUCUAACAAGGGCAAAACGACAGUUUAUUGCUUCUGAUAGUCUUGGCUCUUCAUCUGCCACUAACUCGUGUCAUUUUCAGCUGUGAUUUGUGGUGUGUAUUGACUUACCACCUCCUCCCUACUAAAAUUAUGCAGGUCACUGAGAAUGGCAAGCAGGAGCGGCACUUGGUAGCAACUGUUGGCAAGUUCAGUGUCGUUUGGAACUUCCAGCAAGUCAAAAAUAGCAGCCACGAAUGCUAUCUGAAUCAAGAAGGAUUAAAAAGCUGCUACUGUUACAAGAUAGUCCCGAAGAAUGACUCCAUCGUCGAAAGUCGUUUCAUGCACGACAAGUUUGCGGUUUCUGACUCUCCAGAGGCUCCACUUGUGAUUGCAACGAACCUGAAAGUCAGCUCCUUCAGUGUGUCCAGCAGGAGGUGAUUGACAGAGACAGACAUGCUUCGCUUUCAGAUGUAUUAUUGUGUUGAAUUUGUAUUCAUGGUUGUUGCCGUGUGAUGAAAUUGUGCUGUAUCUAGAAUUCUACUCUCAUGUCAUGUUGUAUUUAUAGCUUCUACUUGAAGCUUAAACGGGCAUUGGAGUUUUGCAUUUCCUCAACUCAAAUCCUUUGUUAAAUUGUUGAGAAUUGAAGAAACUUUCCUUUGCUUCUAGGGAUAAAUGAUUAUGUCGUAACGGUUUAACCGCUAACCGGUUCAACUCAUACUCUGCUCCUGCUGCAACUUCUCCUUAGCGAGUAUGAGGUCCAUUUUUGUCAUAUUUCUAUCCUAUAGAGUAUAGAGUAUAGACUGAUGAGAUGAGUUUCGGUUCACACGGUUGAACCAAUUGUCAUUUGGAUUGUACUUCCAUACGUGGCUGUAAUUUGUGCAUUCUGUAUUUCUGUUGAUAGACAGAGAGAAAGAGGUCGAACGAGAGAGAAGUAAAAGGGAGAAAUGGCCAUUGCAAUGGGGAGAGCUUUGCUUGUCCAUCCUUGCUCUGCUUCUUCUUCUUCUUCCACCUUAAGUUUCACAUCAAGGAACACCCACAAUCCAUACUGGAGCUUAGCUGCUGACACACUAUGGUCGGCCGCAAAAACCGGGCCACGUCACCCACUGACCGUGGCUCAAGCUCAACCGCGACCCACCUGGCUCCCUGGGCUCGACCCUCCUCCAUAUCUCGAUGGCAGCUUGCCAGGAGACUAUGGGUUCGACCCGCUUGGGCUCGGAGAGGACCCGAACAGCUUGAAGUGGUAUGUCCAGGCAGAGCUCGUCCACGCCAGGUUCUCCAUGCUUGGAGUUGCUGGAAUCCUCUUCACUGACUUGCUGAGGGUGACGGGAAUCAAGAACUUGCCAGUCUGGUACGAGGCAGGCGCCGUGAAGUUCGAUUUUGCAAGCACCAGAACUCUGCUCUUUGUCCAGCUUCUGUGGAUGGGGUAUGCUGAGACAAGGAGGUACAUGGAUUUUGUUAGCCCAGGAUCUCAAGCCAAGGAGGGUUCCUUCUUCGGGUUGGAAGCUGCAUUGGAAGGACUGGAGCCAGGAUAUCCAGGAGGACCGUUGCUGAACCCGCUCGGGCUGGCGAAGGACGUAAAGAGUGCUGGUGCAUGGAAGCAGAAGGAGAUCAAGAACGGGCGGCUGGCAAUGGUGGCGAUGCUGGGAUUCUUCGUGCAGGCAGCUGUGACUCAUAAGGGUCCGAUUGAUAACCUUGUGGAGCACCUCUCGAACCCGUUUCACAAUACCAUCAUUCACACCCUGUCUAACUGAAGAGAUUGCAGCAAUUCUCUUCUUCUUGCUCCUUCGUGUUGAGAUAUGGAGCAAAGACUCGUCAUUUUUUUUUUCCAGGGGAUGUAACUUGUUCAAUUUGUGCCUCAACUACUUGAAAUUUCCAUUUGUGUAGCUCAUGGCUGAGUUGCAAAAAGAAAAAAAAAAUAUGUAUAAAAAAGUCCGACCUACCGGAUUCGAACCAGUGACCUAAGGAUUUCAGCAUUUUACUACAGUCCUCCGCUCUACCAACUGAGCUAAGGUCGGAUUGAUUAUAUGUUCUUUAAAAGUUUCGUAAUUAUAAAUAAAAAGGUAUCCAACUGGCCUAAUACAUGACAAUCGCUGUU